AUGCCAGGCCAAUUGUCAACGUUGAUUGAGAAGAUCAGAAAGAAGCCUACGCGCGCCAGCGAUGGCAGGUCAGCAGAGGCUUCAAGCGGGGGUGUCAAGGCCAACAACAGGACCAGCGUCAUGAGCGACAUCACCGGUCUUGGUGUUAAGAAUACCAAAUUUGCUCUAGAGGCCAUCACCACCCUAGCUUCUGGUGAACCCCUAGAUGACAAAGACCUGCUCCUCGAGCAUGGCGUCGAGAUGCUGCAGGGCCUGCCCUUGAACAGCGGUCUCAGCGCAAAAGUUUCCGAUGGUUUCAUUAGCAUGCUAUGGAACGACCUGCCACAUCCCACUCCUACACAUGCUGGACCUUCGGCGCGAUACCGAAGUCAUGAUGGCUCAGGGAACAAUCCCCAUCUACCAAACAUGGGCAAGGCGGGGUCGCCGUAUGCGCGCAACGUGCCACCCAUGAAACCGAAAGGACCCAAUCUGCCUGAUGUUGAAGAUGUGUAUGAGGCGCUUCUCAAGCGCAAUGGCCCUUUCCGAGAGCACCCCUCUGGUCUCAACCGCCUGUUUUUCUCUUUUGCGACGAUUGUCAUUCACGAGUGUUUUCAGACCUCGAGAACGGAUCCUUGGAUCAACGAGACUUCUAGUUAUGUCGAUCUCAGCACCCUUUACGGCAACACAGGAAAGGAGCAAAAGCGUGUAAGAACAUACACGAACGGCUUGAUCUUCCCAGAUUCCAUCGCUUCAGAGCGCAUCAUGAUGAUGCCGCCUGGUGUUGUGGCGGUCCUCUUGUUGUUCUCAAGAAACCACAAUCAUGUCGCAGAAUCGCUUCUGGCGGUAAAUGAAGAUGGCAAGUACAAGCCGUGGGAUAGCCUCGAUGAAGAGGGCAAGAAAUGGCAAGACGAGGACAUUUUCCAGAUUACGCGCAACAUCAAUGUUGGAUUCUUCGCGUCAGUUGUGCUCAGAGACUACGUUGCCGCUAUUCUCAACACCCCACGAGCCAACUCUGAAUGGUCUUUGGACCUUGGCAAAGAGAUCAAGGGCAAAAAUGGACGUGUUGAGCGCGGAACUGGUAGUCAUGUUUCUGUCGAGUUCGCCGUUUUGUACCACUGGCACGCAGCCCUUAGCGCAGCAGACGACAAGUGGAUGGAGGACAUCAUCAGAUCUGUAUACCCUGAUAUCCGCCACAUUGACGAUGUCACUAUCGAGAUGUUUCACAAGGUCAUGAAGGUCUGGGGCCAUGAUCUUAUGAAGAAGCAGCCCAGCGAGUGGACUUUUGGAGGCCUUGAGCGAGGCCCUGACGGCAGGUUCAAGAACUCUGACCUAUCUGAACUGAUCAAAGACUGUAUUGAGGAGCCUGCCCAUGCGUUUGGUGCGCAUGGCACGCCUGCCAGUCUAAAGGUUGUUGACCUGAUGGGCCAGUUGCAAGCGCGCGAGAUGUUCAAUGUUUGCACGCUCAACGAGUUCCGUCGCUACCUAAACCUGAAGCCGUACGAUACAUUUGAAGACUGGUGCUCGGACAAAGAGACUGCUCGAGCUGCAGAGCUCUUGUAUGGCCACAUGGAGAACAUGGAGCUAUACCCUGGUUUGAUGGCCGAGUGCACCAAGCCAGCUAUGCCAGGAAGUGGUGUUUGCCCUGGCCAGACCACAGGCAGAGGUAUUUUGGACGAUGCCGUAGCCCUUGUUCGUGGUGACCGCUUCUUGAGCUACGACUUCAAUAGCAAUACCCUGACAAACUGGGGUGCUGCUCUUCUGUCCGAGACCACCCCUGGCGCCUAUGGGGGUGUUCUCCCCAAGCUGAUUUUCCAAGCUCUCCCUGGUGGCUUCAAAGGCACAUCGAGCUAUGCUCUUCUGCCAUUCUACACGCCCAAGGCUGCUCAGGGUAUCCUCAAGGGUAACAAUGUUCUCGACAAAUACGAUACCUCUCGUCCUCCGAGUGGCUACGACAUCGUCAGUGUCCAAACCCAGGAAGGCUGCAAAAAGGUCUUCGAGGAUCGAGAAUCUUUUGUUGUCAUGUACCAGGCUGCAAUCCGUAACUGCACUGCCGGACAUGACUUCAUGAUCGGAUGGGACGAGGCAAAGAAGCACGACGAGCGAUCCAAUAUCCUCCACAAGGUGUUCUUCGAAGAGGGCUUUGAGAAGAACAUUAAUGAUUUCUUUACGACAAACGUGCGAAAUCUCAUCAAGAAGAACUCGCUCAAGGGUGCAAAGGGUAGGAUGAGCAUCGACAUCGUACGCGACGUGACGAACAUCACACCUAUUUUGUGGCUUGCAGAACGUUUUGCACUUCCACUCAAGACUCCAGAACAGCCUCGUGGCUUGUUGUCUAUUCACGAAGCUUUUAUGGCAUACUUGGUACUCUGUAACUGCACAGUCAUGUAUCAAUCCUUCAACAUUAUGCCCCACAACGAGUGGAAGCUUCGUGCUGGCGCCAUGGCAGCUGCAGCGCCCCUUCGCAAAAUCUUCGAGACGCACCUGAAAACGCAAACCGGGCGUCUAGAAACCGUUGUGGACUGGAUGGCUAAGGGCGGAGCCUUUGAAGUAGGCCCACACGCUGAUCGCAUCUACCACGCCUUGGCCGAUACUAAGCUCCCUAUCGGCGACCUGGUUGGUGACUGUAUCGGUAUGGGUGCCCCCGUAGCCGGAAAUUUGACACAACAAGCUUCUCUCCUCAUUGAUCUGUACCUGAAGCCAGAGUACGAGCAGUACAAGAAGAGGAUCGUAGAGCUAUCACACAUGGAUCCCAAGGAUUCUGAUCGUGAACUUCAGGGUUUCGUCUACGAGGGUAUGCGCCAUGUUGGUGUCGUACCAGGUCUCCCUCGUAUUGCAACACGCGAUGUGACAGUCCAAGAUGGCGUCCGCGGCCCUGUCACCGUCAAGAAGGGUCACACAGUGCUCAUUGCUACCUCCAAGGCUGCCAUGGAUCCUCUCGCUUUCCCCAACCCCGAAAUCCUGGACCCUCACCGCUCAUUCAAGGAAUACACUCUUCUUGGCCACGGACUUCACUUCUGUUUCGGCGCACGCCUCGUCGGCCCCUCACUCGCAUCCACCCUGCGUGAGGUCUUCAAGCUACCUAAUGUACGUCGUGCACCCGGUAAGCCAGGCCGAUUCAUUACAACGGAGCACCAUCUUGCGGGUAUUACCAUGCGUCAUUACCUCGAUGGAUCCAGUAAGGAAAGUCCCAUUCCGACAUCUCUACGCCUGCAUUACGACACUGAGGAUACUGCUGUGAAUGGCGUUAACGGACAUAUGAGCAACGGCCAUGCCAAUGCUGGUGGAAGGAACGAGUACGGCAACGCAUACACGAUUGCACCUUAG